AAAGGGAAGACGCAGCGCUCGCGACGUUACGUAGCUGCCAUUUUGUGUCACCGGGUGCAAAGAAACCAAUCUGGAAAAAGCGCUGGCGUUAAUAUUUUCGUUAUUUCAGAGUAACAUUAAUACGGCGGAUCAGCAUCGUGCACCCAAAUUUAAAUCCGCAUGAUGUCUGGAGACAUGGCCACGGAUCAUGUAAACGGGAAUGGUACGGAGGAGCCAAUGGACACUACAGCAGCGGUGACCCACUCAGAACAUUUCCAGGCUUUAUUGGAGGCUGGUUUACCCCAGCAAGUCGCUGAGAAGCUGGAUGAACUUUAUGUAGCAGGCCUGGUAGCACAUAGUGACCUCGAUGAAAGAGCCAUCGAAGCGCUGAAAGAAUUCAAUGAGGAGGGAGCGCUGCAAGUUCUGGUCCAGUUCAAAGAGAGCGACCUAUCACACGUACAAAACAAAAGUGCCUUUCUCUGUGGAGUUAUGAAGACUUACAGGCAAAGAGAAAAACAAGGGACUAAAGUUUCACCCGUCAGUAAAGGACCUGAUGAGACUAAAAUCAAAGAACUCCUGGACAGAACCAGCUACACCCUCGACGUAACAACAGGUCAGCGAAAGUAUGGCGGACCCCCACCUGAGUCUGUGUACUCAGGCCCCCAGCCGACCGUUGGAACGGAGAUAUUUGUUGGGAAGAUUCCUCGCGACCUGUUUGAAGAUGAGCUGGUUCCUCUCUUUGAGAAGGCUGGGUCUAUCUGGGACUUGCGGCUAAUGAUGGACCCCCUGAGCAGCCUGAACCGGGGCUACGCCUUCAUCACGUUCUGCACUAAAGAAGCGGCCCAGGAGGCGGUGAAGCUGUAUAACAAUCAUGAGAUUCGGCCAGGCAAGCACAUCGGUGUUUGUAUAUCUGUUGCCAACAACAGGCUAUUUGUUGGCUCCAUUCCUAAGAGUAAGACGAAGGAGCAGAUCGUUGAGGAGUUUUCUAAGGUCACAGAGGGCCUCAGUGAUGUUAUACUGUACCAUCAACCCGAUGACAAGAAGAAGAACCGGGGCUUCUGCUUCCUGGAGUAUGAAGAUCACAAAACAGCUGCUCAGGCACGCCGGCGGCUGAUGAGCGGGAAGGUGAAGGUCUGGGGAAACCUGGUGACGGUGGAGUGGGCCGACCCCAUCGAGGACCCCGACCCGGAAGUUAUGGCCAAGGUCAAAGUUUUAUUUGUAAGGAACCUUGCUAACGGUGUUACAGAGGAAAUCCUGGAGAAGUCCUUCAGCCAGUUUGGAAAACUGGAACGAGUUAAGAAGCUCAAAGACUACGCCUUCAUUCACUUUGAGGAGCGGGACGGUGCAGUGAAGGCAUUGGAAGAAAUGAACGGGAAGGAGCUGGAGGGAGAGCCCAUUGAGAUAGUUUUUGCCAAACCACCAGAUCAGAAGAGGAAAGAACGGAAAGCCCAGAGACAAGCAGCUAAAACACAAAUGUAUGACGACUAUUACUACUACCCUCCGCCUCCCCACAUGCCUCCUCCUGUCAGAGGCCGGGGCCGGGGCGGUAGCCGGGGCGGCUACGCCUACACGCCUGACUACUACGGUUACGACGACUACUAUGACUACUACGGCUAUGACUAUCACAACUACCGCGGCGGUUACGACGACCCCUACUACGGCUACGACGACUUCCAGGCACCGGGUCGAGGACGGGGAGGCAGCCGGGGCGCUCGGGGCGGAGCCUCGCCGGCCAGAGGACGCGGCGUUGCCGGGGCACCCAGAGGCAGGGCCAACUUCUCACAACGUGGCGGGCCCGGACCAGGUCGCGGCGGGCGAGGAGCAAGAGGAGGCCUGCAGCCAAGAGGGCGAGGAGGGGUACGUGGUGCGCGGGGUGGCCGCGGUGGAAAUGUAGGAGGAAAGCGCAAAGCUGAUGGGUACAACCAGCCAGAUUCCAAGCGUCGCCAGACCAAUAAUCAGAACUGGGGCUCUCAACCCAUUGCUCAGCAACCGCUCCAAGGUGGUGAUCAUUCUGCAGGGGAAAGGGGUCGAGGCCGGUCCUGAUGCGUUGCUAUGAAGACGGACCAGCGUACGGCGUUGCACGCUGCAGGCUGCCCGUGGAGGGAAUGGUAAGGUCACCUGACUCUGUGGUCCAAUGACAUUCCAGCCUUCUCGAUGAGCAGAUCUGCUCUACGUUUGAGGAUAAUUAGAAGAGCAAAACUUUUUUUUUUUUUUUUUUAGAGUUUAUAAGCCCCCCCCCCUUUUGCCCAAAUCCAGAUCAGCCAUGUGAGACAUGCUGAGCAGGAGUUGAUGACUGACAUCCUUCCGGAUAAAGCUUUGCACUUUGUAAAAACUUUGUAAUGGUUUUUGUUUUUUAAGUUCUGUUUUGUGACUAAGCGAAGAACUGAAACGGCGUGGAGGAGCGGCGAGCUGGCGACCGAGGCCAGGCUUUCCAGCUGAUCGGUCCGUUAACUACCUCAGUUUCACACCAGCUGGCCCGUUUUGUACUUGAGGAAACUGAGGCAGGGAUCGACCUCCUUCCCCACCCGACUCCACCUCAGAAGUUUGCACAGGCGACGAUAACGGCACUUCACGAACUGCUUCAGUUCUCUAGAAACUGCUCCUCUCGAAGCGAGCCUGAACAAGCUGAUUUACCUGCUGCUGAGAAAUCCCAACACCUGGCAACCGCCGCCAUCCUUCAUCGUCCUUAAUGGGACAGCUGUCUCCAUAUUUGUUUUUGUCUCCACCGAUUAAUGACGUCUUCUGUAACGGUCACGACGUCUCAUGAAGCUGCCUUUUUGUUUUAGAAAUGGAAAGUAAAUCCUCCAGGUCUUAAAGUUUCAGAAUGUACCUGAACGCAGCGUUGCAGAGAGCAGGAUUGUACCUGAACAGACUGAAUAUCAUGCAAACCGAUGUAACUGGUGUCAUUUCUCUUUCUGUGUAAGCUAUACUGGAAAAUGAUGUUCUCUGUUGCAUUGAUGUGGGAGACGAGCGAGGAGCCUACGAGACGCCAGGAAGUGAGCGGGCUUUCACGUUGUAGUUUGAAAAGUAAAAACCUGAAGAAGAAGUCUGCUCAUGUUCUCCGUUUGCCUGCCUGUUUUAUCAUAUGUCCGUUAAAUCUGUAAAAGCCAGCCAGGAACUGUGUAGACCAGCAGUUUGGAUUGACUCGUGUUUGCCUCCGUAGUUAGCUCAGAAAUCUGGUUUGGCUUUUACUGACUGUUUUAAGCAACAGCAGAGCUCAUGGCUCAGGAAUAAGACUGUUUUUUCUAUAUCUGAACAUAGGAAUUCACAAGGUCUUUUUAUUUUAUUUAAUGCAUUCAAGUUCCUGCACCCACAACGGGGCCGUUAGACGAAUUAUUCUCUGCAGACUGAAACUGUUUUCAUGAAAGGCAUUGUGGGAAUUUUAGGAACAUGAAAUGGGCUCUUUGAGCUUGUUGGAAAUGGGAUGUUUUAAUGGUGACAGGAUGUGAUGUUGGAUUUUAAACGCUUUAAAGACAUUUUCAUUUGUGCGUUUUAGUCUCUGGCUUUUUGUGACAUUUUGCCAGGAAACACGAGGCGUGUUUAACUUCUCCGUUCAGAGGGUUGUGCAGCUUGUUCAUCUUUAUACCAGUUUGUGGACAAGAGGCAGUUUUUUUAACUAUUGACUCUAUUGGAUCUCCAAUGUUAAGGGUCAGUUUUUACUUUUAUUUUUUCCCUCUAACGUGUGUUUGCAAACUUGCAAAUGAAAUGUUUUAUACUGCACAGUGAGGUGAGUUAAACCUAUUUUUCUAAUAAAGUUAUCGACUCCCA